UUGGCUUAAAAAUAUGGCGUCUCGGUUGCAUGUUCUCUUUAUAAAACGACACCUCUCUCUUCUUCCUUUUCUUUAUUAUUAUCAUUAUAUUUUACUCUCAUACUUCACCCACACUCUGCUCAGCGUCUUUUACAUUACAAUCUCUUCUCCCAUUCACUAAACCCUCAUUUCAAAGCCUUUCCUCUGCUUUCUCACUCUCUUUCUAAUUUCACGCCCAUCAACCAUGGGAGAGGAGGAGAAGAAGCCAGACGAGAAGACAGUGCCCGUCGAGGAAAUGGAUGUUCAGAAACCACCGCCGGAGGAUGUCAGUGUCAAGAAGAAGAAAGAUGAAAAUAAGCCAUCGGAAAAAUCUGCGCCGGAUAAAGAGGAGAAGAAAACAGAGGAUUCUAAGGAUGGGGAGGAACCCACCAAGGAGCAAGCUCCACCGCUGCCUCCACCCGAGAUUGUGCUUAAGGUUUACAUGCAUUGCGAAGGGUGUGCUCGGAAAGUUCGCCGUUGCCUCAGAGGCUUUGAAGGGGUUGAAGAUGUAAUCACUGAUUGCAAGACCCAUAAAGUGGUUGUGAAAGGGGAAAAGGCGGAUCCAUUGAAGGUUUUGGAUAGAGUACAGAGGAAGAGCCACAGGCAGGUGGAGCUUCUGUCUCCGAUUCCAAAGCCACCGGCGCCGGAGGAAUCGAAACCGGAGGAGAAAGAGAAGCCCAAACCUGAAGAGAAGAAAGAAGAGCCUCAGGUCGUGACAGUGGUAUUAAGAGUUCAUAUGCACUGCGAAGCCUGUGCUCAAGAAAUCAAAAAGCGCAUAUUGAGAAUGAAAGGGGUGGAUGCAGUGGAGGCAGAUCUGAAAGGGUCACAAGUUUCAGUGACGGGCGUUUUCGACCCACCAAAGCUUGUGGAUUAUGUGCACAAAAGAACUGGAAAACACGCUGUGAUAGUGAAGACAGACCCAGAAAAGAAAGAAAAAGAAGCAGAGGCCAAAGAAGCCAAAGAAGAAAAGCCAAAUGAAGAAAGUGUGAAAGAGAAGAAGGGCGAUGACGGCGGCGAGAGCAAAGAGGGCAAGAAAGAAGCAGAGGGUGGCGGCGGCGGCGGUGGUGGUGAGGCCAAAGCCACCGUAGAAGUGGUGCCGGAAGAAACGAUAUUGGUGGAAUUGAAAAAGAAUGAAUAUUAUCAACAUUACCCACAAAGGUACGCCAUGGAAAUGUACGCGUAUCCACCCCAGAUUUUCAGUGAUGAAAAUCCUAAUGCAUGUUGUGUCAUGUGAAUGUAAAAAACUUUAAGAACAUUCAUUCAAGGGUUUCAGAAAAAAGAAAAGAAAAAAAAAGAGAAGAAAUUAGAGUGGGGGAGGGAGCUGGAAUUACUACUGAAAUAUGCUCUCUAAAAAAAUUAUGGUCUCUACAGAAAAGGCUGUAGAAUUUUGCUGGGGAUUGUAAUUUUUCUUUUUAUUUAUUAUUUUUUUUUUUUAGCUGUUUUGGAAAAAUGGGGAUGUAAAAUAAUGAUAUCGAAUAAUAUUUGUCAUAUAAAAUUUGAAAAA